AUGAUGGCGUAUCAUAAGAAUAAUAAUAAUAGCAAUAUGAAUGCAUCAGUGGACGAGCUUGAUCAUCGUAAUUUUUUUGCCACUUAUUACCCGUUAUUUCUUGUGAUUAUGGGCACGAUUCUCAAUGUUCUGACGUAUAUUAUACUUUAUCGGCCGAUCUUCCGUGAUUCUAUGCGGCAAUCGACAUUGUAUUAUAUGCGCGCAAUAGCCAUUUUCGAUAUUUUGAUGCUAUAUGGCUGGAAUCUCGAUCACUUUCUCUAUCGAGCCUAUGGAUUCAUGUUACAAACCUGGUCCAUUCCAACCUGUAAGCUAUGCUCAUUUCUUAAUUAUUUUGCGUCACAAGUUUCCGCUUGGCUACGUGUAUCGAUUUGCUUCGAACGGUGUUUAGCGCUGAAUUGGCCUCAUAAACUUUCAUCUUACCAAUCGAAAACUGUUCUCAUCGUUAUUUCAUGCCUUGUGAUCGUAUUCACAUUAAUCAACUUGCAUUUCAUCUUAUUCGCCUGUUAUUUCAACGAGAAUGGCACAAUGAAUCUCAAUGCGCACUUGUAUCAAAUCUAUCCUCUUUGGGAUUAUAUUAACUUAGUUAUUUACAAUUGUGUGCCAUUUAUUUUGAUGGUUUCAUUCAAUAGUAACGUCAUUUAUCAUCUCAUGCGUUUUCGUUAUGUUGGUGCAAUUCAAAAUGCGCGUAUUCAGCAUCGUUCGAUAUCGAUCACCUUGAUUAUAACCACAUUCCUCUUUUUAAUCAUGACCAUUCCUGCAACGAUCUGCUAUGCAUUUUUCUAUGCUAUAGCAAGUCGUUUUGUUCUUCAUUUAUUCGAUUAUAUUCUUUACACAUAUCAUAUUUUGUCAUUUCCAAUCUAUUUAAUUACACUUCGCGAGUUUCGGCAAGAGAUCUAUUCGCUAAUCGUUCGGACUCGAUGGUAUCGAACAGAGCUAUUGUUUCAUUAUCGAUGA